CAAGAUGGAAGUCCGAGCGGCACUGAGCGCUCUCAGAGACAAGCUGAGGAUGGAACAAAAGCCAGAGAGCUCAACUGGCUGUAAAACAAUAAAGGAGAGAAAACGGUUUCAACGCAGUGACUUGCAGAAUUUCACCCUGAAGGAGCUGAACACAUUACGGAGUUCUCUGAGCAAAGACAUUCACGAGCUGAGCUCCGAGUUGGUGGGUCGACUCCUAACGCGAGAUCAGCUGAGGACUGAGCAAGAUGCCAUGCUUCUGGAGAUACAAGAUAUGACAUCACUCUGACACUCGUUUCGAAGAGGUUCCAUCUCUGCAAAGGGAUUACGGAAGCGUUCCGGU